AUGGCGCCAACAAGAUCCAACACAUCCGGCAACAAGCUGAAGAUGACGCUCGGUCUGCCAGUCGGCGCCGUCAUGAACUGCUGCGACAACUCCGGCGCCCGUAACCUCUACAUCAUCUCCGUCAAGGGCAUCGGUGCGCGCCUCAACCGUCUCCCCGCUGGAGGUGUCGGCGACAUGGUCAUGGCUACGGUCAAGAAGGGAAAGCCCGAGCUGCGAAAGAAGGUCAUGCCUGCCGUCAUCGUGCGCCAGAGCAAGCCAUGGCGGAGAGCGGACGGCGUUUUCCUCUACUUUGAGGACAACGCUKGUGUCAUUGUCAACCCCAAGGGUGAGAUGAAGGGAAGCGCCAUUACUGGACCUGUGGGCAAGGAGGCUGCUGAGCUUUGGCCGCGUAUUGCCUCCAACUCCGGCGUGGUGAUGUAA